AAUGGCGUCGCAAACAGUCUUGAAUAAAAUUUUGAGGAUGGCUAGAUUAUUUAUUUUGAGAUGAGUCAACAGCAACCAAAUUUUCAAACUCAUGGUAGAAUAGUUACGCAAAAUUCGGAUCUUCUGAGACUGCUCAGAGAUAAAACCGAGGAGGCUUUACGCCAUAAUAAAUCAAAUGUUGGUAGUGUAGCUGAUCUUUCAAACAACAGCAUUCAAUAUGAUGGAAAACAGAAUGGUAGAACAUCAGUUCCAAUAAUUCAUUCACAGACGGCACCCAAAACAUCAAAGGGAGGUAAUAACAUCCAGUCGAACAAUGUAGAUGUUAGAGGUAGUGGAGUAUUUACGGUCGUCAAUCCAGUCCUUCUCCGAGCUGUAGGAAUCAAACCCACGGCUCAACAGGAAACUGAUUUCGAACAUUACGCUCCAAAGCCCCUUCAAGUGAUUGAUCCAUCAUUUCUCCCUGGAUCACAAGGUCAGAAUCGUAAACAAGCGUUUGAUGUCAAUAACAACUCGGCCAAAGAAAUAGCUUACAAUAAUUACCUAACAGAUGACCCUCUCCCACAAAACCCAUCAGUAAAUUCAAAUUUGGAAAGUAAUAAUUCAUCUCAAAAUGGAUACUAUGUUGGAACAUCACACAGCAGCCUUCAAGUAGGAGAGACGCCAAACCUGCAAGUGAGCACUCAUAGCAUUUUUAAUUCAGAUGAAAUAGAAAAACCUAGAGGUCAUAAUAUACAGUACAAUGUGACACCACUUCAGUAUAAUAGUCAAAAUAGUAGCCCAGUGAAAGACAAAAGUUUGAAAGUAAAUAGUGAAAUUAGUAGUCCAGUAAAAUCCAGGGCAUCAAGAUUUGAAAGUCCAAAUAGUAGCCCAGUAAAAUCUAGAGGAACAAGGUCUGAUAGUCCAAAUAGUAGUCCAGUAAAAUCCAGAGGAUUAAUAUCGGAUAUUCCAAAUUGUAGUCCAGUAAAAUCUAGGGGAUUAAUAUUGGAUAGUCCAAAUAGUAGUCCAGUAAAAUCAGAAACAUCUAACACUUCUCUCAUAAGUCAACCAGUUCAAAGCACUAGUCAUAUUGCUCCUCAAGUUGUUCAGCUGAACAUGAGUGUGGGUGAUCAACCUAUAAACAGAGUCUACAUCGAGUCGCCUACAUUUACGAAGGCGGAGGAGGAAGAAUAUAGAUUUGUUAGUAGUAGGUUGGAUGAAUUCGGUGAGAAUCAGGAGACUUACAGAGAAAUAGUAGAAAACACCAUGCCGGAACCAGCACCUGCUAAACCCAAAGGUAAUCGUCGCGUUCAUUAUGAGGAUUCGCCUCCAGAACCAGAAUCAUCUCGUUAUGAAGAUGUUAAUGAAACUGAAGCUUCUUCACGAUCACUAACUAAUGCCAGUCGUCAAUAUGUUUUAUGUUCUUCAGAACCAUCCAGAUCAUCACAAAAUCAGUCAGCAGAUCUUGGACCAGCUCCUCGACAACUACCUGAGAAAGCUCCUGGGUUUGGACAUCGACUUCCCACUGGUCCAAGUUAUGAUCCCAAUGAUGAGGAUGAACUAGAGCAAGAAGCAAAAUACCAGGUGAACCUGAUUACCAGAAUUGGGGAACAUACUAAAAGGGUUUCUGAUUUAAAGAUUCCUAAACUUCCCCUUCCUGAUAGUGAUGAUGAAUUUGUCCAAGAUUCUUUGGACUAUGAAGGAGAAACUCCUCAGUAUAAUCCUAAUUUCGUAAAAGAUUCCUUGGAGCUAUACAAUGGAGGAGGUGGUGGUGCAGAUGGUGAAUGGGAAGCACCUCAUCAGGCCUAUCAUCCAGCACAACAUUAUGUCCAAAGUCCAAACAAAUUACUAGGUGGACAGCCGAUCCACCAGCAUGCACAUCAUCCUGGAUAUCAGGAAGAGGUCUAUCACCAACAGGUAUAUCCUCAGCCGUAUGCUAAACAGAGUUCUUCGAAUCAGCAACAGUAUGAGAAUCAACCUGUACAGAAUCAAAGACGUGUGGAUUCUAAGCAUCAGGGUCACUCUAAUUAUCAGGAGGAAUAUGAUGACGGUCAAGGUCACCAAAGGUAUGAAGAUUAUAAUAAUUAUGGUGAGUAUGGGCAGUCAGAGGAACCAUACUAUCAGCAACAACAACAACAACAGAUUCAGUAUCAACCCGUCCCUCAUGGACAGCCAAUACAGCAGCCAAGAUAUCCUGGUCCUUCUCCACAGUACAGUGAUAGUUAUUUAGCUCAAGGUGAACCAUAUCCGCAACAGGUACAACCAGUCCCACAACCCAGAAAUUUUGUAAGACAAACUCGUCCUACUCAGCCACAUAUUACUUACUCACAGCAACAGGGACCUCAGCAUGCUUCUUCAGGAAGUUCAGCGCAGAAUAGGGAUAUCUACAGAGAUGAUCGAAAAGUUGGAGAAUUUUUUGAAAGACAUCCUCAUGCAGAACCACCACCACAAAGACCAGAGAAUUACCAGAGAACGAAUCCAAACCAACAAGAACAAUCUUCGUACCCCAAUCCAGUUACUCAAGGUCCUCCACAAGGUCCUCCACAAGGUGGUCCUUACUUACAGCCACCACCGAGACUGGCAUAUACUCAACAAACUGCUUAUUCACAACAAAGAGAUCCAUAUGAGCAGUAUGAAGAUCAAAGUUAUGACAACCAAAGUUAUGGUGUUCCACCCUUUCCAGAACCCCAACAUGAUUAUUAUGUUGAGGACUAUGCUGAAGGAGAAACUCCUUCUGAUUCCCCACAAAAAUCAGCUUCUGGAGAGUCAAGUACAGAGAAAGCACGGUUGGAUUUCAUUGAGAAAAAUCGUAAAGAUUAUGGACGUGUUCCCAAAAAGAGCUACAAACAAAUACAAGCCAUAAAGAAAGAAGAAGGCGCAAAAUUGGAAAAUAUUUUUAUUUCUCCAAAAGUGAAGCCAAAAAAGAAGCAACCAAGUUCAGCACCGGUUUCAAAUCAGAAAUCUUCAGCUCAUUACAUGUCCUCCCCACAACUUAAUCAAAAACCAGCAACAGCUGAAGAACUUUGGGCUCAAAAGGCCAGUCACUUGUCAACACAGAAAGAUCCUAAAAAGAAAGCCAAAUUGACAAAAUAUCCGAGUGAUGGUGGCUUACCAGUGAUUAAUCAGAGACCUGAAAAUGGUGUUUCUGCCAACAAUAGUCGUCCCUUUAUGAAUCAUCCAUCAAGAAAUCCUGCCAAUUACCAGCAGCUUCAACAGCCGUUGACUCUUGAACCUAUAUCUCGGGAACUGAUCACAGAAGAUGGUCAGAGAAUUAGUGUGGAUGUGAACUUGAAGCUUUUGUCUCCGCAGAGUGGCUCUAAUAAUAAUUGGUAUUCGGAGCAAAAUGCUUGGGAAGAUUACAGCUCAUUACCCUCCAGACAACGUGUUGGUGUGCCUUAUGAUAUAAAUUCUGGUAUUCCUCAACAACCAGUACAACAAAAAUCUUUAGACUACACUGAUUAUGAAGAUUAUCCAGAAACAAGGGCAUAUCCAUCUUCACGUAAUUACGAAUCUGCUCCAGAAUAUCUUGAUUCUUCUCAACCAACAGAUAUCCAAGGAGGCAGACCAAGCACGAACCCAUACCAUGUUAUUCCGCCUAUUCAGAAAAGUAACGAGAACAGUCCGAGUAUAGCUAUCGACCCGGAUGAUAGUUACGUGGUUCAAUAUCGUAAACAGAAAGAAAAGAAGACGGAAGAACCAUGGUAUAAGAUUUAUAAUUUAAAAGAUUAUCGUAAAAUGCAGAAAGAAGUUCGACUGGGAAGCUUGGGUCCUGAUUUAGACAGUUCUUCUCAUAAAGAAAGGAUAGAAAAGUUUCAGAGACAGAGUGAUUAUGCUAGAAUGGUGAAUGAGAGAAAUAAGAAACAGGCAGCAUCAUCAACAGUCAGUCGUCGUCCACCAAGUUAUCCACGUAAAGAACAAGAUGAUAUUAUGAAUAAACGUAGAAUGGCCGUGGAGUAUUCAAAGACAAUUCCUAAACCACAAGUUAAACCACAUCCAUCCGGGUAUAACUCUUAUCAAGUGUCUGGACAAAUUCCGUUUGGAAAGAAAUUAGUGGAAUCCCCACGUAAAGAUCCGAAUGAAAUGGAUGUUAUCGAUUUAGAAAAUUUACGGAUUCGUCACGAAAGAGAUAAACAAAAUGUGGCCAUGAUUCAACAGAAUUUAGAAACUCAGAAAGUCUGAGCAGUGAUGUGCAUUUUAUUUUGACUAAAUAAAAAUAUAUUUUGCGAAAAUCAAAAUGGAUUGAAUUGUGUUGUUUCAAGUGCUAGUAUAUAUCGGUUUGAUAUUGGAAUCUGAUAUCCUGGACUACUUGUGAAAAUCUCUCUCAAUUUAUUACUAUGGUUACCGUCCACAGAACAGUAUUAACAGUGGAAAUUAUCUAAGGUGCCUUGCGUGUGGCUUAUAAAAUAAUCCUGAUAAAUUAAAAUGUGGGAAGUGGGUAGAUUAUUGAUGACCUGUAUAUAUAGAGUUUGAUUGUUUAAAUAUGUAAAUAUUGAAUCAAUGAUAUAUCUUUAUUUAUUAUCUAAUAUUAAUAAUAGUUGGUGAUGAUAUUAAAUAACCAACAGCAGAAAUAAUACCAGGCAUGGUUCCUAGAAAAAUUAUUAUGUAAAUUAUAUAAAUUAGAUAAAAAUUUAGGAAUCCCAGCACAGAUUUGGUUUAGAGUAGAGGUUUUUGAUGAUAUAGCGCUUCGGGUUAUAAUACAGUGGUAAAUGGUAACAUCAUAAACUUCAGUUCAUAUUAUUAUUAUUUAAGCAAUUGAAAAUUAAUUCAUAAGCAAUUGAAAAUUAAUUCAUAAGCAAUUUGAAAAUUAAUUCAUAAGCAAUUGAAAACUUAUUCAUGUGCAAUUGAAAAUAAUUUUAUGAGCAAUUGAAAAUAAUUCAUGAGCAAUUGAAAAUAAAUUCAUUAUGAGCAAUUGAAAUUAAUUUUAUGAGCAAUUGAAAUAAUUUUAUGAGCAAUUCCAAAACUUUUAAAUAAACACAGAGAUGGUAUAUUAGAAUAUUAAUUAAGUAUUAGAAAAUAUUAAAGAAAGGGGAAUUCACUGAUAAAGGUCAGUAAGUAGUAAUUAAUAUUACUGAUCACAUUUUGACAGAAUACCAGGGUUUAUGAAAGAUAACUUAUUUAUUUUUUUCUGUUAAUGUAAAUAAUUUGGAUGUUAUUUUUGUUGAUUUUUAAUAUAAAGUGAUAUUUUAUUCAACAGUUUUACUUUAUGUACAGAUAUUUAUUAUUUAUGUUAAAAGCACUUUUAAGCUGUUUAGUUAUUUAUUUCCAGGCCGCAAGUUCACAAAGCAUUCUCACACUAAUGUUAAGAAUUUAAACAUACACUAAUUAGAGAUUUAUUAACAAAACAAGACCAUAAUCGCCUCUCGAUGGCAGCGGAUACUCGAGAUUUUAACUAGAUUAAAAUGGUUUGCCAUUUAAAAAUUUAAUUUAAAAAUGGGAAAGCUAAGUCCUGAUUAUACCAGUGCCCUGGUUACCACUAUGCACACAUCUUGUCAAAGCUACAAACAAUGUUAACUUGGCUGAGAAUGAAGUAAUUUGAAUAAAAAUUUUAAUAUUUUCUUUUUUUAUCAUCUAUUUUUGAAUCAUUAUAGCAAGAAUGACCAACUCUUUAUUAAACUCUUAAUGACCAACUCAAAAUUCUUCGCCUUGUUUUAACCAAAAUAUAGCCCUUUAUAAACUUUUGUUGUUUUAAUGUAUCAAAUACAUCAAUAAGAAACUAUUUGCAAAGUUUUGCUUAAGUAUGAGGAUGCUUUGUGAACUCCGGGUCAGAUAAAUUAAUAACUGUGUAGAAACCAGAGUUUUCACUUCAAAAUUUUACAAGUUUUAGCAUUAUACAUUUUUUAAAGUUUUCAAAAACUGUAAGUAUUGUGUUUUUAGUUUAAACAUUUGAAAUUCUAAUUUUAUGUCAUGUAAGUAAGUUCGCCAGUCUGUCAGUUUCACUGCCAGGUAAAUAUGAUUGUAACAUAGCCCUGAUGGAAAGUUAAAACCUUUAAAUCUCUAUAAGAAGGCAACCUAGUUCUCAGUUUUAGAUCUCUGAUUAGUUCUCAUUUGAUUUAUACAUGAGAAUUUGUUAUUAGCAGACCUGGCAGUAACAGACAUUGUCGGGUCACUUUAUCCAGCACAGAUCUGCUUUUUUCUGUCUGUCUUAUUGAUAUUUUUAAUAAUACACGUCCAGGACAAUAUUCGAAAUGUCGAGUAGUUUAUUACUGCACGCUAAAAUCACAUUAUUUCAAGGUCUGGGUAUCAGCCUGUUCAUAUUAUUAUAUUGCAACUUUUUACAUUAUUAGUAUUGAUCACAACCAGCAUUAUUUUUAUUGUCCACCAUGGACUCAUUUAAACCAAAAUUAGUCUCUAGUAUUAAUAGUCUUCUUAACGAGUUCUGCAAAGAAUUAAUCAGCAUUUUAAACAGCAUUAUUUAACAAUGUACAUAACUUCUCAUAUCUUGCUUGUGUGUCUUAUUUGAGAGGGAAUUUGUUAAGAGAUUUUUAUAAUAUUCUCUAUGUUCAUGAAGCGAGCGAAAACCAUUUUGGAAAAAAGGUCAACUUUUGUUGAGUCUGUAGUUAUAUCCCUUUUGUUGAACAGUUUGGUCACUGGCUGCACUGCCUUGCUUGCUCAUAGGUGUGUUUGGUGAAAUCAGAGACAAUUGGCACUUCUCACUAGAAUUUAGUUUAUAUAGUUCACAAGUUGAUGUUAUGUAACAGAACAGAAAUACAGAAGAAAAAAAAAAAAACCAAGGUAAAAUAAUAAUUUCGAAAACUCAUUUAU